AUGGAAGGAUGUAAUGAUCCACAUUCAUCAUCGUCUUCUACGAUACCUUUUACGGGCGCAUGCCCUACAUUAGUUCAUAUGCCCGUUGACAUAUUCAUUGAAAUUUGUUGUCACUUACCAUACGUUGACUUAUUCACCAUGAUGGGAGUUUGUCGACAAUUUCAUUACUGGUUGCACUCUACAACUUCACAUAUAACACAAGGUAUCUGGCGCACUUCAAGAACAAAGUUCGAAGAGCACAUGAAAUUAGAUCCACCUGAAGGAAUGGAUGAAAUUUCCUUUAUAAAAUUAUCCAUGGUUGAAAGGAAAUGUCAAAUAUGUAAAAGUGAUCAGGAAAUACCAAAUAUAUAUUGGGCUUUUCGUGUUAGAUUAUGUCGACCGUGUUUUCGUCGAAGGAUUACGAUAGCUCCUGAUAACAUCCCUGAAUGGGCUAAAACACCGAUUGACAUCACCCUUGUUUUACCCCAUGAACAUUUAAGUUCGAUGCAGACCAAUGUAAAUGUUGUAAAGAGCGUAUACCUGACUUCAGACCUCGUAAAGACUCUACGAGAAUGUCAUUCGGUACCACCGGAAGAACUUGGAGAUUGGAUCUUUAAAAAGCAAUUAAUCGCACAAGGCAAGAUUGAAGACGCUGCAAAGCGAGGGGAAAAUGAUAAGAAAAGGUUAACAUGGUUGCUUAAUGAAAAACAAGAGUUUCUACGAAAGACCGUUCAAAAGCUUGAAGAUACUACUGAUGACUUUGGUAACAAAAUUUACUUUAAUCGAACAAUCUUGAUUCAACCUUCAUAUAAAAAGGCUAAUGAUUCAUUGAGGAUACCUUUUAUGGAUACGGAUCCUUGGCCGAAUUUAUAUGAAAGGUUAAAAAAUGAUUAUAAUGAUUGGAAGAAAAAUAAUCUUUUAAUAGUUCAAAAUCAAAAUCGAAGGUUAAUUAUACGUAGGAUCAUUCAAUUGAUCACUUCUUAUAGGAGACUAUCUGAUAUAAUGGAUUUAAAGAGUGGGAUUUUUUUAAAUGAACCGGUACUCGAUUGUCUUGAAUGGUGUCCGUCGUUCAUUAAACCUCCAGAGGUGAUAACUGACAUGGACGAUGUGGUUCGACAAAUAAGGAAUGAAGCUCGUGAAUAUAUAAGGAACAAACGACAUAGGCGUUAUGGACCUUUUUCAACAAUCGAAGGAUGCAUUUCGCUUUUGACGCAAUGCAAUGAAUACGCUCGAUUAUUCAAGUGUAAAUUAUGUUGGGGUUCCGGCAGAAAAUCUUAUAAUUACACCGAGGUGACUAGACAUUUAAUGUGUCAAAGUACACAUAAUUUAUAUUAUUCUGAUGUCGAUGAUUCUAUGAUUGAGCUGGAUUUUGAAAGGGUGAAAAAACUUAUGCCAAGAUGGUUUGGCAUAGUAUUAAAUAGGAUUAUAAAACCAAUUAAAUGA